AUGUCAUCAUUGCUGGCCAAACUUCUGCCGGGAUCAUCAAGCAGCGCGCAAUCGGAUGUGACGUGUAUGGAGACGCUUUGCAAAAUCAUCAACGAUUUGUCGACAGAAUCAACUGAUUCUGUUGGGCCAAAAGUUGCCGAGCUCACUAGAAAGAGCAAAGAGAUAUUCGAGAAGAAGACGGUCGAUAUUGAGGCGUUUUUGCUGAACUGCAGCCCGAAUGUUGGAUCGGCGGCAAUGAUUGCUGCAAUUAAAGCCAUGUUUGACACGUCGUUUGCAAAAAACUACGAGCAUGGAACCGAUCGAGCCGUCGAGCUUCUCAAGCAUUAUUUGGAUGAGGGCAAAUUGGUUUCAGCACAUCUCAAAAUUGUUCCCGACAUUGUGUUCCCUUUAAUUCGAUGUGUCGGAUUUUAUUGCCUUGAGAAAAAGAAUGAGCCCGAAAUUGGCGAAUCAAUCAUCAUUUCGGCACUGGAACAAUUGCUAUUUGAUGAUCCAAACACCAAGAAUUUCAUCACAUCGUGCCAUUGCGCGUUAUUUGCGUGCGCAUUGCGAACGCGAAAUUUCAAAAAAGUCGAGCCGUUCAUUGUCGAAUUUGUCGAGGGGAUUUUCAAUGAGGUUCCUGUUGAUGAUGCCCAAGAUGAAGCGGUGAAGCCAUCGGAAGCUUCGUCAUCGAAACCGGCGAAAUCUUUUGACAAAGACGCGGGAAAUGGUUGGAAAUCGGUAAAGUCAAAAAUGACAGCGGGAUGCUCGUCAGUAAACACGCCGGUGGUUUCCGGAUAUCCACACAUAAAUCCAAAUUACAUUCUACAAUAUUUGUAUUAUGGCGCUCUGAUUCUUAUCGAACUGAAGCAAUACAAACGUGCUAUGAUUUUAUUGGAGGCUUGCGUUUCGCUUCCCGCUGUUCAGGCCAGUGAUUUGCAAUUGGAAGCCUACAAGAAAUUCAUUCUUGUUUCGCUUCUUGUCGAGGGGAAAGUGUUGGAGAUUUCGGAUCGCUCGAUCGCAGUGAAUCGGAUCAUUAAAAGUCGACUCGGCGAUUAUCGUUGCCUGACGGAAAUUCGAUUUAAGCGAGGCGACAACACUCAUGGUCAAAUUCAGGAUCGCGUUUCGACCUAUCAGAAAAGAUUUGAGGCUGAUGAUAAUUUGGCGUUGUUGGAGUUGGUCGAACUCGAAAUGAAAAAGAAGGCGGUGCUCGCAGUUUGCAAGCUCUAUUCGUCGAUCAAAGUGUUUGAUAUUAAACGUCUUGCCGGAUUUGUGAGUGACGAGGAGACAUUAGAAAUUAUUGAGAGUCUUGUCAAUGAGAAUCGAAUUACUGUUAGAUUUGACGCGACGAAAUCAUUUGUGAUUUGGUCGGAAAAUGUGCCGGAGGUCACCGCCGAACAAGUUGCCAACGUGACUCAAAAAUUGGACUGGAUCAAUCAGUUACUUCAAGAGAAGCUUCGCGUGCUCUCAACCCCACCUUUUUCAAAAUCCGCAAAAUCGGCGCUGAACGACGACGAGGGACUCAGUAUGCAUCAACUUGAAGCUUGA